AACCAAGAAACAAAAAAAUCUAAUUUUAGCUGUUUUUUUUUCUUCUCUUUCUUAUCAAUUCAUUUUAGUCUGUUGUGUUCCUUCAAGGUUCUGCCCCGUCCAUUCUUCCGUCUCUGUUUUCUUCUCCUUUCUAGAAUUUGAUUGACUUUAGCUGGAAAUUUAACUGUAAAAAAUAAUCACCCAAAUGCAUAUGAAUAUCAAUGUUGAAGAUCCUCUAAACAUUUAAAUGUCAGGUUUGAGGUUCCUCAGCUUUUACUGAAAUGUGCAGUGGGAACCAUUGCUCGGGCUAUGAUCUUAACAUUAUUGUAGAGAUUCAGUAUUGUUAGCGAUGCAAUUAGUAUCAAAUGAUAGUCGAAAAGAAGAUAUUUCAGAAAGAGAGCCCAUCUUAUGCCAGCCCGAUAUUUCACAAACAUCUGAAGAAUGUGAAAUUACAGCUGUUGGAGGGGAUUGUAUUGUUGUUAGUGAAGAUUUGGAAGAAAUUAAUGUUGACGAAACCAGCCAUCUGGUGAAUGCCGACCACCCACAAUGCCGUAUAUGCCUUGAUAAUGAAGGGGAUGACUUAAUUGCACCUUGCCACUGCAGGGGCACUCAGAAGUAUGUCCAUAGAUCCUGUCUUGAUAACUGGAGGUCAACUAAGGAGGGCUUUGCAUUUGCUCACUGUACAGAGUGCAGGGCAUUGUUCAUCUUACGUGCAAAUGUCCCACCUGACCGGUGGUGGUUGAGAUUAAAAUUCCAGUUUCUUGUUGCUAGGGACCACGCAUUCAUCUUUGUAAUUGUUCAGCUGAUUGUGGCAUUCUUAGGGGUGCUGGUCUACAAGUUUUAUGGAGAGGAACUAAGAGAAAUGUUUGGUUAUGAUGAACAUCCUUAUGGGUUCUAUACUAUGGCAGUUUUAGCAAUUGUUUUGGUGGGUUUACUCUAUGGUUUCUUCAUUGCUAUUAUAUGUGGCCAGAGGAUCAAUGAACGGCAUUAUCAUGUUCUUGCAAAACAGGAAUUAACAAAGGAAUAUGUCGUUGAAGACCGAGAAGAUAAUAAGAACACCCCGGAACUAGAUCCCAGCCAUGUGACAGAGCUAAGAAUGUUGGGUCUCUAUUAAUUUGGUAGCUGCGCAUUUCAUUUGUUUUCCUGGUGAGCAAUUGUAACAUCGUACUAAUGAAUUCCCAUUACUAAACUCUUGUUCAUAGCCAUUUUUCGUAAAUGCAUUCUUAAGGUGUCACUCUCUUAUGGAUGUUGACAUUUGUUUCGAGGAUGUUGGCCAAGGGUGCACAGCACACCAAAGGUUCAGUUCCCUAUCCUGCGGCCAUAUGGUUUCCAUUAUAUUCUUAUAAACAUGCAAUGCAAAACAAAUGCGCAUAGGCACUAGUUGCAGGUCCUAUUAAUAUUUUGAAAUAUUUAUGCGCCUUUGUGUCAUGGGGACAACUGAGAAUAGACUUCAUGCUAUUUCUGACAUGGUUGUCCUCUCCCUUUUUUUCUUGGUAUCAGAUGAACCAUUCACACGUAUCUUACGUAGUAUAGUAAUUUUCACCAGUCAUUCUCUUAGUUUCCCCCUAUUUGAUUCAGUGUCUUGUUUCGUAGUAAUUUAAGAUCUCACAAGCAUUCAAUCAGGAGGUUAGAGAAAUUGCUCUGUGCUCUAUAUUGAAUUGAGCUUGUGUACUGGGCAUUUCCAUCAACCUGGUUUGUCCUUUGAAUACCUAAUAUGGUCGGUGCUUGUUUGUUUGUGCAUUAGUUAUUGGUUUCACUGAGAAA